AUUAAGUUAAUUAGUGACAGUGGUAGCCAGCGACACUAAGACAAUGAAGGCAGUACUUGUGUUCCUAUUCCUUGUUUCAAAGGCGUUCUCGGACGAGUGCGAUUUGGACGUUUCGGCUUCCGACUCCCCUUUCAUCGUUUAUGAAAAUAUGACAUUUCCUACGUUCAAAGAGGGUGGAGACCAGAUUUUUAGUCUUGACGAUACAAGUCCUUUCUUCGUUGUGUGUCCCAAAGGUACGCAAAGUCCUUACCUCGGUGAAAGUGGUACUAAGAUGAUGUGCAAGUCCGGCACUAGUAUUGUUGAUCUGGAAGGAGCAAAACCCCUCGAUUUUGCUAACAUCAAGUGCAGACCCUCUAAAGUUGCAACUGUAGCGACAGAAAAUGAAGAGUGUGCUGGAAUUGGUGUCCUUUAUAGGAUUGGAUUCAACGUUACACAGGAAUUCCUUACUCUGAUCACGAUUUGUUUCGACCAAACCAAUCUGACCCCAAUUUAUGUAAAGUACAACAGUACUUACAAAGAGAUUGGGCGUCGGAUCCUAGACCCAGACAGUCAUUACGAAAAAUAUAUAUGUAACGAAACGGGCUGCGACUGGACUGACAGCGGUAGGAUGUACAAUGACGUCGAUAUCGAUACGGCUUACAACAACCAGACAACCCUUUUGGACAAAGCCGGCGUCAAGAAUUUUACUUUGCUGAGACUGCCUCUAGCAUUGACGUCUUUGUGGAAUCUAAACGUACGCAACGCCGGACAAGAAAUACAAAAGAUUCCGUAUUACGAUUACAUAAAUGUAGUACCGGUGUGGAACUCUUCACAUCUUGACGCAUUGUUUUACAUGUUUGACACCACAAGCGCGGGUGGUGGAGUUGGUCCGCUUGUGUGGACAGGUACCUUGGGAGUUGGUGCUGCUGGCGGUACAGAAGAGGUUUAUUUGAGCGGUGAUAAAGUUCCCGUUCCAAAGUGGCUGUGGAUGGCUAUGGAUCAAUUCGAGAGAAUCUUGUUCUACUAUAACGCUAUCGACGGCGACGAGGAAAAAAGUAAAAGUGAAAUUGCUAACAUAUGCUCCGACCACGAGUAUCUAUUUGAUAACAUGUUUAAUUGCACUUAUGAAUCAAUAACUGACACCCAAAUGAGCACGAUUAUUAAGGAUCUGAAGCCUGACAGUAGUUCGUAGUAAAGGGUAGUUAGUUCUAUCUUGAUUUAAAGAAAAUGUCAGCACUUUCGAACUUUAUCUGACUACAUUUCUCUGAAAUAAAGUGAAUUUUCUGU